ACAACUUCCGGUUGGUGCUGUUGCUGUAAAAAUGGCGGACACGUGCGGCCAAGUCAUAUUAGGAUCAGGGCUUACUGUCCUUUCGCAUCCUUUGAUGUACAUUAAAGUACUGGUGCAGGUAGGACAUGAGCCACUCCCUCCUACCCUGGGGAGGAACCUAUUUGGCAGGCAAGUCUACCAGCUCCCUGGACUGUUUGCUUAUGCCAAACACAUCAUCAAGAUUGAUGGAAAAGUUGGUCUCUUCAAAGGGCUUGGUCCAAGGCUUUGUGCUGGCACCAUCGGCACUGUUGUGCACAGUAAAAUAGUGCAGAAAUGUCAUGAACAUGGCACACUUGAGCAGAAGAUUGGCGAUGGCUCUGUACAGCACGUCGUUAAUGAGACAACCAAAGAGAUGAUAGCUCGUUCCUGUGCCACCAUAGUUACACAUCCCUUUCAUGUCAUUACAUUGAGAUGUAUGGUGCAGUUUAUCGGAAGAGAGGCAAAAUACAGCGGAGUCCUAGAUUCCAUUGUCACCAUCUACCGAGAAGAGGGACUUCUGGGCUUCUUCGCUGGCUUGAUUCCUCGUCUUCUCGGAGAUGUCUUAGCUCUGUGGAUUUGUAACAUGCUGGCUCACUUCAUCAAUACAUACGCAAUCGAUGAUUCGAUGAGUCACACAGGAGAAAUCAAGAACUGCUCUCAGGCUGUCACAGGGUUCUUUGCCAGCAUGCUUACAUACCCUUUUGUAUUGGUAUCCAACCUCAUGGCCGUCAAUAACUGCGGGCUGGCCGGAGGCCUUCCUCCCUAUGCAUCAGUAUAUCCUACCUGGCUGCACUGCUGGAGUCAUCUAAGCAGCGAGGGCAACAUGAGCAGAGGAAACAGUUUAUUCUUCCGGAAGCUUCCAGCAGGAAAGACGUAUGCCAUUCAUCAAAAAAGAUUUUAUUAAAAAGCAUAAAACAAUUGUCUGAAAAGAAAAUCAACGUCUCAUCUGGGUGGGGGGGGGAUGAUAGAUUAUUUGUGUGUGCACUUGUUUUCCUGUUUUAUGUGAAUUGCAAAAUACCAACUUUUAGUGUUUCAAUUAAGAGUGGAACUGUAGAAUGUGGCACUAAAUGAUGGAUGGACCAACAAGUUAUUGAAAUCAUGUAACUGCUCUCCAUGUUCUUCAUUUCACACAUUAUUCCUCUACAGUUAUGAUUUUUUUCUGUUAAAACACUUGAUGGCUAACAUUGAUGACGGGGUUAUGGGGGUAUUUUUAUUAUGGAAUGAGGUUGGUUGUUGGGCAUAUAGUCUGUGACAUUAGUCAAGUGCUUCUAACAUCUCAUUGUAAUAGAAAUAAAAGUUUUUUUUCUCCUGAUGUGUGUCUACAGG